UCAGCGCGCGUCGGCGGGGGCAGCGGGACGGGGAUCCCCCCGCCCGCCCCGUGUCCCGCUAAUAAUAAGUGCUUCAGAGCCUUAAAAGCAGGGAGGCAAGUGUCAUGCGGGCGCGUCGUAAGGGGCUGAGCUCCGGCUGAGCGCCCGGGGCCGUUUUGCCGCCGGCAUAGCCGGGAGGGGGAAAAAAGAGGGGGAGAAAAAAAGGAGAAAAAAAGCCUCGGAGCUGGUUCCCGGGGAAGGGGCGAGAGGAGAGAAGCCCGAAAGGCUGGACAAGCCGUCAGCGAAGUGGCGAUGAGGCGCAGGAAGACAGCGGUGGCGGCCGGCUGCUGCCUCGCCUUCCUCCUGGGCACCCUGCUCAACCUCCUGUUCAUCCCCGGCUCCGAGCACCCGCCGCCGCCCCGCGACGAGCUGCCCCCCUCCCCGCCCGGCGCCCCCCUCUACCCGCCGGAGGAGGAGAUCGGCGGCGGCCAGGCCGCCCUGGCGCGGCAGAUCCGCGAGCGCUACGAGGAGGUGCUGCGCUACCGGCANGCGGCCCCGGGGCCGCGGGGCCGAGCGGCGGCGGGGCCGUGGGCCGGCGCCUCGGCCGAACUCUCGCUGGAGCCGCCGCUGCUGGGCUGCCGCGACAUCCGCGAUGUCAGCGGCGUGCAGUACCUGGGCUCGGGCUACACCAAGGCGGUCUACAAGGCGGUCCUCAACCGCACGCUGGCCGUGGCCCUGAAGGCGGUGGACUUCGGCGGGCACGACAUCGCCCACUGCGUGCGGCAGUUCUCCGCCCUGGGGGACUGCUACCGCCUAGCCGCCUACAAGAUCGUCAAAGAGAUGAUCCUGCUGCAGCGGCUGCGCCACGCCAACGUCCUGCAGCUCUAUGGCUAUUGCUACCAAGACAGCAAUGACAUCCCCGACACACUGACCACCAUCACUGAACUGGGCUCGCCUUUGGAGAUGAUUCAGCUUUUACAGACUUCCUGGGAAGACAGAUUUCGGAUCUGUCUCAGCCUAGUUCGGCUUCUGCAUUACUUGGCUCACUCUCCUCUUGGCUCGGUGACAUUACUGGAUUUUCGCCCUCGGCAGUUUGUGAUUGUGGAUGGGGAGCUGAAGGUGACAGAUCUGGAUGAUGCCAGUGUUGAGGAGAGUUCUUGCACCAGUAACAGCGACUGCUUCAUGGAAUUCCCUGCGAGAAACUUCACCCUGCCCUGCUCGGUUGAGGGACGGUGUCAGAGCAUGAAUGAAAAGAGGAAUCUCUAUAAUGCCUACAGGUUUUUUUUUACCUAUCUUCUUCCACACAGUGCUCCAUCCUCUCUGAGACCAUUGCUGGAUAAGAUAGUCAAUGCAACAGGAGAACUUCACUGGGGAAUAGAUGAGACAGCUGCUCAGCUGGAGAGAGUUUUGUAUCUCUAUAAGAGUGGGGAGUACCUGCAGAACACAACCCGGGUGCCGAAAGCUGAGUACAGACGGGUGCCUGAAGCCUUUAUUCCUGAUGAGAACUACAGAUGCUGGCCAUCCUACCAUCACAAGGGCUGCCUCCUCUCUGUGUUUGAUGUCAACGAAGCCAUUGAGAUCUGUGACAGCUACUCCCAGUGCAAAGCUUUUGUUCUGACUAACCAGACAACUUGGACAGGUCGGCAGCUUGUGUUCUUCAAGAUGGCCUCAAAUCAUAUUGUGCCUGAUCCUGACAAGAUAACAUAUGUGAAGGUGACAGACUGACACCUAAAGUGGCUCAGUCUGACACGUGAGUGAUAAGAGCUGUUUGUGUAUAAAUAUAGGCAGCUGUUAGGUAGAAGGCGGCUGUGGCCGGAGAAUAAUUGCACUAUUACUCAUUCUAAUCUAUAGAGUGCUAAAGGAAACUUUAAAGAAAUAACCUGCAUGACCAGGAUGAAUGUGCAAUAAAACAAGAUUUUGAAAAUGUGAUUUAAAAACAAAGCAAGACAACCCAAAGCAAAAUACAAGAGAUGAUACACUGUUAAGAGUAUAAUUUUGGUUAUAAAUCAGCUGACAGCUCUGGCUUUUCUAAGCAAGGUUAGCAUAACAUUUCUGACCUAUACAUGUGCGUCCAGGGAUGAAAGCUGAUCAUUUCUCUGGGAAGUGUGUAUCCUCCACACUGGUAUUUAUUUGGGCACGUACAAUCACAACAGAGGAACUGAAGCGUAUCAGUUUGUCUGCUGAAUAGCAAACGUUACUGAGGACAAUCAGCAUUUGUGUUCAGGCUAUGAAAUAUGCAAUGCCGACAUAUUUGUCAAACGGAAGGAAUUGCUUAUGUUUAGAAUUGCAAGACUGCAACUAAUUUUCAUUUUUGCUUCCAAUGUUAUCAUAAAGUUUCAUUUUUAAUUUGAAAGAGCCAUUUUGUGGAUCUAGCAAAUCACAUAAGCAUAUGAAUAGUCCCACUGAAAGGGCAGAGACUUACCCAAGUGCCGAGUGCUUUGCUGGAUAGGCCUGAGCAUAUGCUUACAAUUAAGCCUGUGCUUAAGACUUUUGUUGAAUCAGUUUGAAUUGUUCAGGAAGCCACAUCUUUGACAGACUGGCAAAGCAGUCCAGCUGGUUGAACAGUACUAAUUUAAUGACUAGCUUGCAGUUAUUCGUACCUUUUAUCAUCAGGUCCUUGUUUUUCUAGGGCAUCGCUUGCUGGUUCUUAGAGUAAAUGAAGUAAAUGACCUUAAUGAUGUCAAAUGAAUGCUAGCCUUAAUUCUAUAUAAAAUGCAUCUUAAAGGCAGGGUGUGUCUAGAGAAUUUGCUUUCAGUGAAAGCAAUGAAGUAAAUGCUAAAGUGACCAAUGUCAUACUGUUUUGUAGUUUGUACAGUCAGGAAAAAAUGUGCUUUUGUUUCUCAAAUGGUUUAUUUUUGUAAAAAAAAAAUAAAAUAAAAGAUAAAUAAAAUUUCUUUUAUUCUU